GUGACUUCAUUCACCCACGCGUGGUGAAAGAAGCUCGCUUACCCACGACAGGGCCUCCAACUCCCAUUUUCGUUACCCUAGGGGAUGACAAGACCCAACGCUUCUUCGAUCAGACGGUCACCAACCUCCCUUUCUUUCUCACUCUCGAGCCGACUGAUCGUUCCCCGGCGUCUCGUCGCCACCGCUCCUUUGCCCAUUUCGAUGUAAUGGAGACGGGGUACGACUUCAUUCUUGGCACUCCGUGGUCUCGUCGGUUCCGUAGCACCGAGGCCGAUUGGGCUACCAACACUCUCGUUGUCAAAACGAAGUGUGGACAAACGUAUCGCGUACCUUUCAUAGGUACCACUGCGACACCACACCCUGAUCCUCUUCCCCCGGAGCCUUCCGUGCCCACACCAUCUCCUUCCAUCACUGUCACCUCGCCUUGGCAGUUCGCCCACUUCAUCCGACAGGACGGCGUCACCUUCUUUAUGGUGGACGUAAAGGAUCUCUUACACUAUGAUCCACCCUGUCCCGACGCCGAGCUCAUCCCUCUGGAGUCAGAUCCUCCUUCUAUCUCCAUGGCUCCCAUCUCUACUUCCGUCCCUCCGUCGUCCGUCGAGUCCACUCCGCCGUCGCGCGCUGACGUUGACGCUGAGGAGUUCGCACGAUAUACGGCUGACCUGGAGCCCGCAGUUCAUGACCUCAUCCGAGAGUACCACGACGUUUUCCCAUCGUCGUUUUUGUACGCCGACAUCCCACCGAUGCGUGACGUCGCGCACUCCAUUCAGCUUGUGUCUGACUAUCGUGUUCACCACCAGGCACCCUACAGACUCUCGAUCCCCGAGGCCACCGAACUCGAGCGUCAGCUUGAGGAGCUCCUGAGACAGGGUUUCAUUAAACCCAGCAACUCCCCGUGGGGUGCACCUCUCCUCUUUGCUCGCAAAGCGGAAGGAACUCUUCGUCUCUGCAUCGACUACCGUGGUCUCAACCGCUACACGGUUAAGAACAGCUACCCCAUGCCUCGUUCUGAUGAGUUGUUCGACCGCCUAGCAGGCAACUGCUUCUUUACGAAGAUCGGUCUUCGUAGCGGUUACCAUCAGAUCCGCGUCGCUGCAGCCGACCAGCCGAAGACCGCGUUCCGAUCGCGAUUCGRCCACUACRAGUUCACGGUGAUGCCAUUCGGCCUCACCAACGCACCCGCUACCUUCCAGAGGGCGAUGAACGACAUCUUCAGGGACAUCCUGGAGCAGAACGUUCUCGUCUACCUCGAUGAUAUCCUGGUCUAUAGUCGCACCCUUCAGGAGCACCUCAGACACCUCCGCGACGUCCUUGACCGCUUGCGCAGACAUGGCUUCUAUGCCAAGCUGAGCAAGUGCCGCUUUGCCCAGCACAAAGUGGAUUUCUUAGGACACUACGUGUCUGAUCAGGGUCUCCACAUGGACAACGCGAAGAUCACUGCUAUUGCGGAUCCAUCUCGAUGGACUUUAUCGGUCCUCUUUGACCUCCGACCCCCCGCGGUCAUGAUGCUAUCCUGGUCGUCAUCGACCGCUUCACGAAGCGUGCACGCUCUGUUCCGUGCCGCUAUGCYAUCAGUGCACGUGAGGUCGCCGACAUCGUGUUUGACCGAGUCGUGCGUGACCACGGCUUACCUCUCAGCAUCAUAUCUGACUGUGACCCGCGCUUUACCAGCCGAUUCUGGCGACGGCUCCACGAGGUAUACGGCACUCAGCUCCGCUUCUCCUCGUCUUACCAUCCUCAGACUGAUGGUCAGACCAAGAUCACGAACAGGACGCUUCUCCUCGUCUUACCAUCCUCAGACUGAUGGUCAGACCAAGAUCACGAACAGGACUCUCGGAGAUAUUCUCCGAAAGAUUGUUCGUGACGACCAGCAGUGGGACCUCCAUCUUGCCCACGCGGAGAUAGCCUACAACCACGCCGUCUCGCCAACCACAGGGAUGUCGCCUUACUAUUACGACCUCGGCUAUUACCCUCGUGUUCCCGCGGACUUCCUUCGACCGUCACAGAUGCACCCCGACACGAGUUGUCCCACGCUGGAUGAUUGGGUUGCACACAUGACGUCGAUUAUGAAGACCGCACAUGAGCACAUAGCCGCUUCCCAGACUCGCAUGGCAGCACGUGCGAACCGAUCGAGGAUGGAUCAUCCAUUCAAAGUCGGUGAUGAUGUGCUUAUCGACGCCCGCCACUUACAGCUCGAAGCGGAUACGCUUCGCAAGUUUCGGCGUCGCUUCUUUGGUCCAUGCCGCAUCCUCCAGGCCGUCGGUUCUGAUACGGAGUCUAGCCCGGUCAGCUUCCGUGUGAAGCUGACCGACUACCUACGCCAGGCUCGUGUGCACGAUGUCUGCCACGUCUCGUUACUGCGUCCUUACCGCAGACCGUCUGAGCGUUUCGUCGGACGACCAUACGAGCGCCCUCCACUUAUCAUGGUGGACGGUCACGAGGAGUUCCUCGUUUCAGACAUCAUUGGUCGCCGAGUCACCGACGACAACCCGCCCCACGUCGAGUAUCUCGUACGUUGGAAGGGUUACCCUGAUGAGGAGACUACCUGAGAGCCCCUCGAGCACUUGCAGC